AUGACCACCCAGCAGACCAUCGACAUGAAAUUCGACGCCGCCCGCGCCAAAGACCUCGUCCAGGCGCUGCGGACCGUGCAGAGCCGGGUAGCAAGGGCUGCUGCGGGACGAGAUGUGCCCGUGUCCAAGUUGAAGCCGGCGUCUGAUAUCCUGGCCUUGUAUCAGGAUGCCGGCCAGAGGCAUUUCGGCGAGAACUACGCCCAAGAGCUGAUUGAGAAGGCGGAGGUUCUACCGCGGGAUGUGAAGUGGCAUUUUAUAGGGGGACUCCAGUCCACUUUGUCUGUUGGUUUCGGAGUUAAGGCGUUGGAGAUGUCACCGCUGGAUCUUUUGAUUCUGUGGAGAUACGAAUUGCCCGUUGAAGACAUUGGUAGGAGGAAUCUCAAUCAUUGUCGUGGGUGCACGCUAGGUCCGGGAGAUAAAUGCCGUCUCCUGGCCUCUAGCGUACCAAACCUGCAUAUCGUCUCCUCAGUCGACUCUCUCAAAAAGGCAACACAACUGGAGGCCGGCCGCGCCUCCCUCUCCCCCGCUGCCUCCGAGCCACUAAAUAUCCACAUCCAAGUCAACACCUCUGGCGAAGCCUCCAAAUCUGGGUGCGCCCCGGGUCCCGACACCUCAGCUCUCGCGAAGCAGAUACUAACCACCUGUCCAAACCUCCGCCUCCUGGGCCUCAUGACCAUUGGCGCCAUUGCCCGAAGCAAGGCUGUGAAAGAAGGAGAGGAGAAUGCGGAUUUCGUCACACUGCGGGAGGAGCGUGACAGACUUCAGAGGGAGCUGGAGGAGGGGGCGUGGAACGGGACGCUGGAGCUGAGCAUGGGGAUGAGUGAUGAUUUCGAGGGGGCGAUUGAAGGUGGCAGUGAUGAGGUUAGGGUGGGCAGUACGAUUUUUGGGGCGAGGCCGCCGAAGGAGGAAUUUAAGGUCAAGACGGCUGUUGAAAAGGGGAAGUCAUGA